CUGCCCCGCACGGCGCUGAGAGGUAAAGACAGCGGCGGGAAGGCCUGAGAGCCCCGGGUGCGCUCCUCGUGUUUGGCCCUGUCCAGUCGCGACCGCGGCUCCACAGACUUUCCAAUGACCCGUGCUCCGACUGCGCUACCCGGAAACUUUGCUCUGCGAAGUCCGCCCCACGCUGACCGCGCUGUGACUGUGCUGGUCUGCCGCGCGCCCUCCGGGGCCCAGGAAUCCCGCGCGUGAUUGCUGGGCCGCCCGGCACCCUGCGUCCACGGCGCCCCACCGCGAGGAUGCGCUACGCAGACCCCUCGGCCAACCGGGAUUUGUUGGGGAACCGAACUUUGCUCUUCAUUUUCAUCUGCGCUUUCGCGUUGGUGACCUUGCUCCAACAGAUUCUGUAUGGCAGGAACUACAUCAAGAGAGACCUCCAGUUUGGUUGGCAGAGUGAUGACCAGCUGGCCAAUUGGACGGGGCUCUUUAAUGUCACCGACGACCCAGCAGUGCAGAGCAACAGUGACUCCAGCUCCAGGUACUUUGAAUUUUAUGAGGGGCCUUUUGAAUAUAACUCCACAAGAUGCCUGGAGCUGAGGCACGAGAUACUGGAGGUGAAGGUGCUGUCCAUGUCCACUCUGUCCCGGUGCUGCAAUGCCCCUGCCUUCCUUUUCACCACCCAGAAGAACACGCCACUGGGCACCAAGCUCAAGUAUGAGGUGGACACCAGCGGCAUCUACCACAUCAACCAGGAGAUCUUCCGCAUGUUCCCCAAGGACAUGCCCUACUACCGAUCUCAGUUUAAGAAGUGUGCAGUGGUGGGCAAUGGGGGCAUCCUCAAGAACAGCCGCUGUGGACAGGAGAUCAAUAGUGCUGACUUCGUCUUCCGGUGCAACCUGCCCCCCAUCUCUGAAAAGUACACCAUGGAUGUGGGGGUGAAGACAGAUGUGGUUACUGUGAACCCCAGCAUCAUCACAGAGAGGUUCCACAAGCUGGAGAAGUGGCGGCGGCCUUUCUACCGGGUGCUGCAGGUGUAUGAGAACGCGUCGGUGCUGCUGCCUGCCUUCUACAACACGCGGAACACUGACGUGUCCAUCCGCGUCAAGUACGUGCUGGACGACUUCGACUCGCCGCAGGCCGUCUACUACUUCCACCCGCAGUACCUGGUCAACGUGUCGCGCUACUGGCUCAGCCUGGGGGUGCGCGCCAAGCGCAUCAGCACCGGCCUCAUCCUGGUCACUGCGGCGCUGGAGCUCUGCGAGGAAGUGCACCUGUUCGGUUUCUGGGCCUUUCCCAUGAACCCCUCGGGCCUCUACAUCACCCACCACUACUAUGACAAUGUCAAGCCCCGCCCGGGCUUCCAUGCUAUGCCCUCAGAAAUCUUCAACUUCCUGCACCUGCACAGCCGUGGAAUCCUCCGAGUGCACACGGGUACCUGCAGCUGCUGCUGAGGCUGGCGGCUGGGUUGCCCAGAUGAACAUCUCCUCCUCCGCCUUCUCCUCCUCCGCCUCCGCCUCCUCCCCCGCCUCUUCCUCCUCUCCCUCCCACCCAAACUGGGAGCCUCUAGGUGGGCCCUGGCUGGCAGUGAGGCCCUUGCUCCCUCAGUAGUUCAGCUCCCUGCUCGGCUCCCGGGGCAGGAGGCAGGGAUGGAGCCAGCCCAAACUCAAGCUCAAUCCUAACCCUCGUGUCCUCCGGCCUGAGCCUCCACCUGUCCACGGGGGCCAUGCUUGUGGGCCACGCCCUAGAGCGAGGGAACCUGGGGAUUGCAAGUCAAUAAAGCACAUUUCCGUUCGAUUUCAGCUUCCCAGAGCACAAACUGUAGUGGCCUUGUUGCAGCCAAAGACAGGCCCUAGAGAGAAUAGAAUAGAAGAAAAAAAAAAGGACAGUCAAGAACAGUCUUGAGCACAGUCAAGAUUUCUUUCAGACUUCCGGUUCCUGAGUUUCAUGCAGAGGCGGAGCCUAGAAUCUCAGAGCAGAGGCCAACUGUGGCCAGACCUUCCUGUGAAGACACAGCGGCUCAGAGCACCAAGCAAGGGUCAACCCAGUCCCACCACCCCCACAGGUUCAUCAGGUGCAUGGUGACAUCUAGCCAAGGCCAGUGUUAGCAUCUUCCCUGAGACACUGGCAGCUGAAAGCUACGCCUUUACAAACCUCUCCUGAGAAUCCCAGGAACAGUCUAGGCGCCUCUGGGUUCCAUCUUGCCUUUGAUCUUUUGACAAGGAAAUAAACCAGCCCAGCCAUUUGCACUUCAGGUUCCAAGCCAACAUUAUCCACUCAAUAAGUGCUUAGCAGUUUGCUUCCUCUUCUGUCUCUCUAUUUUCAGCUCCAUUUUAACCAGAAGUUAUUUAUAAAGCUCUAUUCCUCUUUAUGUUCCUGAGUACUGCAGAAUCCUGCUGUAUGGCGUUCCUGAGUGGGAACCAUCAGCCAGAAAGUGCCGGCCGUUAUAUACAGACUCAGCACAUGGAAGCCAGGGGGGCCUCUGACACCAGCAUCCUUGAGGCUUCUCUUGGGAAGGCGAGACCCUACAGUACACACCUAGCACCUCCACAUGCAAGGACUCCUAAGGCCAGGCUUCUGGAAGUCAGCUGUGCCUAAGCGGAGCAGCCACAUGUCACUCACAUAUGAAGUUCUUUUCCUUUAUUUCCCCCUGUGUGUUUCCACCCUGAGUGUGACUGUGCCUCAUAGCCACUGUCAGUGAAUUGUCUUUGAACUUAGCUUUGUGGAACUGUAGAGUGUUAGUGCUUGGCAGACUUCAGCUCUCUCUCCCUGCCGUUCCUUCCUUUCCUUUCCUUUCCUCCUCUUUCCCUUCUUCCCUUCCUUUUCCCCUUAAAGAUAUCUGGGAAGCCUGUUCUGCUCUAGUCCAUGGUUGGGCUUGGGGAGAUAUAGCAAGUGGCAAGGAUAUAGCUCUGCCUCCUAGGGGUGGAGACAGAUCAUAUGCCCUCUGAAGUUCUGCGUGCCAUGCCUGCAGCUCCAGGUAGGAGCUGUGAGGAUACUGUGAGGGAGGUAUCCAGGUACCUUUCUCUUGAUCACGCACUUUUACAGGCAAAGCCACAGGUCCAGUAAGAGAGACACAGGAGAACUCUGGUGGCUCUCCAGGCUCCCACUCUGACCCCUUUUUCUGCCAGGCCUCCUUCUCUGAGCU